UGGUCAGUGUUGAGAGCUGCAGUAGAGGCUGCGAGGUUGUGAGGGGGGUUUUCUCCAUUCACUUCAGUUCAUUCAAAGUGGACCUUCAGCACAAACCCAUCCAAACACUGUUUUACAGCCAACGAAACGCAGAAAGUCAUAUUCCACCUGGAUAAAUAAGAUGAAGCCGCGGUGGGGUUGGAUGUGUCUCCUGCUGCUGUCCGUUGCCAUGGUAACGUGGGCCCAGGAGGAAGAACUGGAUGAGGAUGACGAGGAAGAGGCUCAGGUGGAGGAUGGGGACGUGGACUCUGAGGCGGACAGCGGUGAAAUGACAGCUGAUGCUAAUGUGUCCUUUCAGGUGACCUACAAAACGCCUGUACCGACUGGUGAAGUUUUCUUCGCAGAGACGUUUGAUGAUGGAUUACUGAGCAGCUGGACGAAGUCUAAAACCAUGAAGGAGGAUGCAGAUGAAGAUAUUGCUAAAUAUGAUGGCAAGUGGGAGGUCGAGGCCCUAAAGGAGAACAAAGUGCCCGGUGAUCUGGGGUUGGUACUGAAGUCUCGUGCCAAGCACCACGCCAUUUCAUCUCCUCUGUCCAAACCUUACAUCUUCAAGGACAGGCCACUUGUGGUCCAGUAUGAGGUCAAUUUUCAGGAUGGCAUUGACUGCGGAGGAGCCUACAUCAAGUUACUGUCUGACUCUCCUGACCUGGAUUUGGAACAGUUUCAUGAUCGGACUCCUUACAGUAUCAUGUUUGGACCAGAUAAAUGUGGAGAGGACUACAAACUGCACUUCAUCUUCAGACACAAGAACCCUUUGAAUGAAGAUUUUGAAGAGAAACAUGCCAAGCGAGCCGACGCAGAUCUCAGAAAGGUGUACUCUGAUAAGAAGACUCACCUUUUUACUCUGGUUCUCAACCCAGACAACAGCUACGAAAUAUUCAUCGAUCAGUCCAGCGCUAGCAAAGGAAACUUGCUGACUGAUGUGAUUCCACCAGUGAACCCACCAAAAGAGAUUGAUGAUCCCAAAGACACCAAACCUGAAGACUGGGAUGAGAGAGCUAAAAUUCCUGACCCAGAAGCAGUCAAGCCUGACGACUGGGAUGAGGAAGCUCCAGCAAUGAUUCCAGAUCCUGAUGCCCUGAAGCCGGAUGGCUGGCUGGAUGAAGAGCCGGAGUUUGUGCCAGACCCUACUGCAACAAAGCCUGAUGACUGGGAUGAGGAGAUGGAUGGCGAAUGGGAGGCUCCCCAGGUACCCAAUCCAGCAUGUCAGACGGCUCCAGGUUGUGGAGAGUGGAAAUCCCCCACCAUCAAUAACCCCAAGUAUAAGGGAAAGUGGAAGGCCCCUCUGAUAGACAACCCCAACUAUCAGGGUGUUUGGAGUCCUCGCAAGAUUUUAAAUCCAGAUUAUUUUGAGGAUCUGGAGCCGUUUAAGAUGACUGCGGUCCGGGCCGUGGGGCUAGAGCUGUGGUCUAUGACUUCCGACAUUUACUUUGACAACUUCAUCAUAACUGCGGACAAGGAGGUCGCCGACCGCUGGGCAGCGGACAGCUGGGGACUGAAGAAACUGGUGGCCAGUGCCAAUGAGCCAGGAGUGUUCACUCAGCUGACGCUGGCAGCGGAGGAGAGGCCGUGGCUGUGGGUAGUUUAUAUCCUGACUGUGGGUCUGCCUAUUGGUCUGGGUGUGCUCUUCUGCUGGCCUAAGAAGUCAGAUGAUGAUUACGUCUACAAGAAGAUUGACCCAUCCAAAACAGGGGCUGUUGAAGAAGAAGAAGAGGAGGAGGACGAGGUCGAAGAGGAAGAGCAGAAGAAAGGAAACCUAGAAGACCAAGGCAAUGUGGAGGAAGUUGCUGAACCAGCUGAAGAGAAGGAGAACAGGAGUGGGGAUGAAGAUGAUGCUGCUGGAGGAGAGCAGGAAGAAGAGGAGGAUGAGGAGGAGGAGGAGGAAGAAGAAGAGGAGCAGGCUAGCAAGUCAAAUGAAACGCCUUCAGAUGAUGAGAUGAAGGAUGCUGAUGAGGGGAUUCAGGGCACUGGAGAUGGACAGAAACAGGCUGUGAGAAAGAGGAGAGUACGGAAGGACUGAAAGGCCUUGUUUUCCUUCAGUUUCUCUAUCUCCUUUUCCCCUCUCUUUUUCCUUCUUUCCUGCCUUUCAAAAUGCUGCAUGCCCCUGGCUUUGCAAAGUCAACAGGCCCUGCUCCUCCCUCCACUGGAGCUUUUCCUCCUCCUGCUCCUCCUUCCAGUCUUCCUCUCUACUGAUGGUAGUUCUUACUACUGGUUGCUUUCGAGAUUUCGCUGUAUCAAUCAAAACAGAUUUCCUGCUGUAUUUCCUCUUAUUUUUUGACAGAGUAGCAUUGAGGCCAGUUUUUACAAAUGCUAGUGAUAGUUUAAGUACUGUGAUACACAAAUGAUGGGGGGGGGGGGGGGGGGUGUUUUAGAAGGAAACCACCUCAAAUAACAUUUCAUAGUUGUUUAAAAAAUUGUUCUUUAACUUAUUUAAGACGUCAGCGACAGUUCUAUUUCUGUUUUAAGUUAUGUUUUAAUGUUAUUGAUCAAAAAAGCGCACUGAAUAUAUUUAUUGUUCGUAUGUUAUUUGGAAAGCAAUGGAUUUGAAUUGGUUUGAGCAUAAACGUCUCGCUUUCUAGUGUGUAGAGAAAAAAAAAGUUUCUGCUUAUAAAGAAGGAGAGCAUGGCUUGUGGGAUGUACUGCUGGAAGUGUAUUCACACAGCAUCUGAUCACACUGUGUUUAGCUUGGCAAUCAGUGUUUUAAAGCAUAUCUUUUCAUCUAGAUUUUCAUCUAGAUUUACAUACUGAUGUAGUCAAUUAUCUCACCAGUGUGACCCAACAUGAUUGGGUGCUGUGUGAUUACAGCCUCAGUGACUGUUUACACCUGGUCACUUUAUGUAUCUUGAGAAUCUGGAUUAUAACUGGAUACACCUGAGAUGAAAAAUGUAAAAUUGCAAAUUAAAAGAUUGCAACCAUCUUUAACACAGCACAGGAUGCGGCUGAGGGUAACUGCAGGUGCAUUAGACUACCUAGUGUAAAUGCAUGUGGUUUCAGGAUACAAUCCAUAUAGAUACUUCUAUAGCUAAAGUGCCCAGGUGUAAUGGAGUCUGUAAUAAAGCUGCAAGCCCUCGUCUCAAACAAGGUCGAUUUAACACAUAGGACCCUUUCAGCUUUAAGAAUUCAAAUGUUUGUCUCGAGCGAUGUACACGGUUUGUUUGUCUGCUGUUGAUUUUAGUUCAUGUUUUUGCCGCACGAUGGCAGCUUCUUGUUUACAUAUGUUUGUAAAUUGUACAUUGCUCUUGGGAAAUAAACAUUUAAUACAAAA